AUGGAAAACAGCAACGAUAAUAAUAGCACAUUACCCGAGAUCACAAUAACAAGAAGUUCAUUAUCAACCUCACAACAACUUGACACUAAUUUAGCCCAACAAUCAACCUUCGAUAUGAAUAACUCUCCGGUCUCUAUCGAUUUUGACUCUUCUUUAGAGAGUAACAAUCUUGGGAACUCACUAAAGAAAUCACCAUCAACACAAAGUUUACCACCAGCCUAUGAACCAUCAGAUCAAAAACCCACCACCGCCGCGACUCCUGUUUCAAUUCCCAUACCAGCACAUUUACCAGCUUCAACACCAACAGCUCCCUGUUCAGACUUACUUCCCAGCUAUGCACAUGCCACAAUCGAUAUGCCACCAUCAUACCCAUCAUCGAAAAACAUCAACGACGAAUUCGGUGAGACUCCAAUCGAGCCACAAACUCCUUGGACAAUCACGAAAAAGUUAUAUGUCUUCGGAUUUUUUGUUUGGCCAUUAUGGUUUGUUGGAAUGGGUUGGUGUGUCUUUGGACGGGAAAAGGAGACAAGAAAGUGGGCGAAACGGUGCAUGUGGAAUUCAUUGGUGGUUGCUGCUGUCUUCACGUAUUUAUUGGUCGGGUAUUUCAGAACUGGAAAUCGUUUGGCACCAUAA